AUGAAUGCUGAAGGAAUCAGAAAAGAGCUGGAAAGAAGGAAAGUUGGGCAGAGUAUACAGGAAUUAAGUCGGAAGCAACAAGAAGAGAAGUCUAAAGAAUUGGCGGAGGAAAUUAAGAAACAGAAAGCUGAAGAAAAAGCUGCCAAACAGAAAAUAAGAGAGCAGAUUGCAAGAGAUCGAGAAGAAAGAGCAGCACAGUUUCAGCAACAGAAGGAAGAACGAGUGAAAGCACAAGCUGCUAAAUCUGAAGCAAAGAAGAUUGAAGAACAACAAGUAAAACAGCAAACUGAACGUUCCAAAAUGGAAUCAGCACGUAUUCAGUUCCGUUUACCUGAUGGCUCUUCCAUCAUGAAUACAUUCCCCUCCGACAAACCACUAUCAGAUGCCAAGAAGUUUCUGUAUGAUGUAAGUUCAAAGGUCAUGUCAUAUUCUGACAUCAGUUAUGAAAACCCUGUCAUACAAAGUCAGAUGUCUUAA